UCAAGAGCAGCUGUGCGAUUCAGAUCAUGGAGAAUUUUCUCUUCUCUCUGGAAAGCAUUAUUGCCAAUUGGCUGAGCUCCUGCUCUUUAUCUUGGGAGUCUGAUAUCAUCUUAGGCUUCCUUUGCGGACUGGGGCUCUAUAUCGUGAUACUUCGCUUCCUCAACAGUAUUCCAUCCUUCCCACUGCCUAGGAAAGACAGAAACACCAGGAAGCCACAAAUGCAGUGGAAGGCGAGGAAGAGGAGCAGAAAGAAAUACCAAAUUUGGAAAGCUUAUAAAGAAUGCCUGAAAGAACUGGAGGAAGCUAAAAACCUGGUUUUACUUCUACAGAGUCACCUGGAGAAGCAUCCUGACAAGGGCGAAUUUCAAGACACCAAAGCAGCACCUGCCGGAGCCCAUAGGUCAUGUUUAAAAGAUCCUGCUCCUGCCGUGACCACCACCAGGUCAGUGAACCAUAAAGAAGAUAAAUUCAUUUCAAUGAAAAUCCCACUGGACGCCAUCCUAAAGAGCUCACCUCCAGGUGACAAAGGGAACUCCUGUGUGGCAUCUCCAAUGCCAGCCAUGGCAGGGUUGGGCCUUACCAACUAUCCCUUUUGGCUGUGGUCCUGGUGGUGGGCAACUACCAAGGCCUUGUUCUUCCCCGCCUCCUCCAGAUGCAAGCCCCAGCCGCAGCACCUGCCCCAACAUCUGUCAGGGACCUCCUUCUGGGGAGGCCCAACAAGCACUCAUGUAGAGAUUGGUAGACCCUCAUUUAUAGACCCUGACGUUCAGAGGCUGCUGGAAAUUUUAAUUAGCAAAAGAGCACAACUGAGUAUUUGGAAAGAAAAUCAUGGGUCAUUUCAAAAACAAAAAAGCUCAGUUUACCACCUGAAUUUUUUGGAGGACAUUACAUUCUCCCCACUCCUCCAAAACAAGGAAGAAAAAGUGGAGCAAUUGUCCAAUCAUCAGCAUCUCUCUUAUAUGCAAGACAUAGGGGACUAUUUACAUCAGAAAUGCAGUUGCUGGGGUCUUCCCUCCCUGCACAGUGAGUCCCUGGUGGCCUUGCUCAUGGGUAGCACAUCUCAACCCCAGGCUUCCUUUAUUUUAUUCAAUGGAAAUUCUAAUUGCUUUCCACAUACCAAUCAGCCCAUCACGCCUUCGAAUCUUUCCCAGGCCGUAUUCAGACCUCACCCUGGGGUCCAGAUACAAACUUUGGCUGGAAACUUCCUCCAAUCCCAGCCCCGAUCUUUGUCUCAGGAUCAGACCCAUCAUAUACCCCAUCACCCAAUUCAGCCACAGAUUAGGUACUGUGGGGUAUCUAGUCCUACAGACCAGAGCAAGGCACAAGCCUUUAUCCCAACUGACAUUCAGUGUCAGGAAUGGUCCGUGUGGCAGACACAGCUACAAAGAAUGUCUUUAUCCCCUGAGGUACAAAACUCUGAACAACUGUUUAGUCAAGUCCCUCCCAGGCUUUCUGAGGACAGCUACGCCUUCCAGGCCCACAGUGCAGUGUGUGUCCCUCACGGGGAUCUUGUCAGGGGAAAUCGCCAGGCAUCACAUCUCCAGGAGUGGCUGCUCAGAGGUGACCAUCAGGAUGGCCUGCCCCACAGAUUCCAGGCUGUGGAAUCAAUGCAGCCUCAGGGACAACUCCCAGGGGAGUUCCCCGCCCUGGGCAGCCAGCAGCCCUCAUUGUCACCCAUGUCGUCAUACAAAAAUUGUUGGGCUGCACAGGAGAUAAGUUGCAGUUUCCCCAGGAAGUCCUACAGGAAGAAUCGACUUAGGAUCCUACAAAACAAGAAAUUAAACAAGGGUCUAGGUCUGAGUCUGAGGAGGAUCUCCAAAGACGAAAGCAAAGGCUUGGUUAAUUUCAUAGUGAAAGUUUUGCUACUUAUCUCUGAGGAGCUGCAAAGACACCCAGCGAGGCCGUUCAUCAGUAGCUUAGGAAGUUGCUCAUCCAGGGGCCCAGAGGGGAAACAGUUAGAAAAAGUCUUGAAAGCCCAUUUGGGCAAGAAGCGAGGGCAGGUCACCGAGGGUUUGAUCCCGGUCAGUGUGCGUAGAUCCUGGCUUGCCGCCAACCUGGCUUCAUCCACACACAACACUGAGAGGGACCCCAUAAAGCUAGCACCCUUGAAGGGUCGGGCAAGCUGCCUGAACACCUCCCACAAGCUUCCUUUCCUCAGUCCACGUGCUCGACAGGAGCUGGAAGCACAUAUGAUCAGGUUUCGGGUAAGGCAGAAAUGGGGCUCUUACCCCCAGCCCUUUGAGGCCAUGCAUAUCAAGGAAUAUGAGGCUAAACCAAUGUCCGUUCCAAGGCCUGGCUCCCCCAACAUAGUCACUUGUGAAUCACGGACACAGUCUAAAGACAAUUUGGCUAACUCCUUGGGAAAACCUCCUCAGGCCUGUCUGGAAGAAAAGGUUUUAACUAAAGAGUCAGUUUCCACCCCCAUUCCGGUGAGCCCCUCCUCUUCUCCCUCCUCUGUGAGAGAAGAAACCCAGAAAGCCCUGGGAGGGACCCCACCUGACCACGACCAAGGUCUGUCAAAGGUUCUUCUGACUGGAGAAGAGAACAGGCCGCCCAUUAAGACAUCAGUCCCCAGCCCCGUUAGCAGUUCUGGGCAGAGCGAGACUGUGCUGGAGGCUGAGAUGGGAAACCCAGCGCCCACUCCAAGUACAGAAAUGACUACAAAUAAACUGAACGAGGAGACCGGGGAUCCAAUCACACAAGAACUGCCCCAGAAGAUAGCAGCACUGAAGAGGAACUUAGAGGCCAAAUCUACGAAGGUCAAAGAAGACUUGAAGUUGAUGGAGACCAAGGAAGCCCCUGCCUGGGAAGUCAACUUAGGCCCCAGCGAGCCAGACAGCGCCCCAACUGGUGAUGUGAAUGUGAAGAAUUCACCGUCUUCCAGGUCCAGUAAUACCAUCUUAUCACCUAUUGCAUGUAAUACCCCAAAUCCAAAAGAGCCACACCUUAAAACAGUGACUGCCAGUAAGUUUGAGAUCCCAGGGAAAGUUGUUUCAGAGAAACAGCCUCAAGUCCAUGCCACUGAAGUUCUCCCUAAAGACUCCUGCACUGAGGGGCUCCUACUAGAUUACGGCACAGGUGUGCUCCUCCCAGGCUGUACCACCACCGUGCUCCUCCCAGACUCUCGCACAAAUGUGCUUCUUGCUGCAAAUACCUUGUCCUCUGCAAAGUCACUGUGUGAUAUCCAGGAAGAAAAUGGUAGUGGAGACACACCAGCACCUCAGGAGACAUUAGACUCUGCACAGAGAGGACAAGGCAGCCAGGAGCAUCAGGAGCCAACAAUACCAAAAGUUAAGGGCGAGGAUGAAAGGAAGACACAGACCUCAACUGGUGAGACAGUGCAUGAUGACACCCCAACUGAUGAAAGGGAGGAUGUCCUUAGCCCAAUUGAUGAGGAAGAGAAGGACAGCAAGCCCAAAUCAACAAAGCAGGAAAAACAUUCUCCAGAAGAGAGGACUUCCCAAACCAAUGAGAUAAGCCACCCUGCUCAGGUCGGGGAAACGGAAAAAAUCCAGGGGAGCAAAACCCUCUUGCCAGAAAAGGAAUUAAUUUCUCCAGAAAGCUACCUUCGAAAAAGAAUGCGGCACUUUCUGGAGUGUCAGAAACGCAAUAAAAAAGACAAAGGGCAGGAAGAGCACCUUCAAAAAGCCAAGCCUGCACCAGCCACUGGCCAGAGCCAGGAGGGAAUCAAAAGAAGGUUGACAACACACAGAGCUAUGGAAGUGCAAAUGAUUGCAGCAGCUGUGGGACACAUUCUGGUGGAGAAAUUGGGACUAUCCCAAGGAAUUCGAGCUUCAGAGGUAAAGCAAGACAAAGAACAACGUCAGGUCGCAGUAGGUCGGCAUUCCUGCUGCCACAGCACUCUCACCCUCCCAGCGCAACAAAGAGUGAUGAGAGACACAACAUGUAGUCAUCAAGCAACACCCCAGGGACACAGUUGUCCUAUCAGAAAAGGGGCAGUGAGACACAGGGUCUUGUCACCCAGAGAGCAAGGGUCUCCAGCUAGACCUGGCCAGCACAGGCCAAGGGAGGCAGGGCCCUGUGACCACAUUCACCAUUCCCCAACAAUCCGGCUUGUGAACCGUGUCUUGUCUGGACCACCAGCACGUGCUUCUCCUGUCUUUACCGACAGGAAAACAAUUCAAGAAAAUGUUCAGUACAGGCGGAAAUCUUUCUUUCCUCAUAAUUGUACAUCUUCUCUGUGCUAGUGACCUUUUAUCAGGACAUUUAUUUCAUAAAAUAUAUGUAUG